AUGCUGCGAUGGUUGAACUGGAAGCUCAAAGUCAGGGAAGAGCGGGCGGAGGGUUUUGUUGAUAUGGAGCUUCGCGUAAUUGCCGUUGCCAUGUCAACCUCCAAAAGGGGUCCACUUUCGGAGCGCUACAGCCCUUUCCCGGGAAAACUCCACAAAAUGUCAGGUGCUCGACCCUGGAAACCCUUGACACCUGGCGGUCCGAUAUCUACCAGCCGUCAACUACUUUUCUUCUGUUCGCUCGUCAAAACAACAUCGCUGACAACGAGAACACGCCCGAUCCUAGUCUACACCGCUGCAUUAACACCUGAUUGUGUUGUUGAUAAACAACGAUACAAUUCAUGCGUUUACCAACGGCAUCUCCCACGCGACCUGUACCACAUCCAUCAGAAGCGAUGCAUGUCUGCUACACCAAACAGCCAAGCCUAG